UUUAUUGUCAUUUCAGGGUAAAAGGAAUGCCCGUUUUAUAUGCGCACUGGAAACUGCCAAAUUCUCUCAACAAUUGCAAGUUUCACCAUCCUGAUCCGAUAGCUGAUUAGUGCACGAGAUGCUACUUAUGGAUAUUCAAUGGUGAAGCCCAAAAGCAAAAUCAUCAGGAGCAUCUCAAUGCCAACAACACCUGGCCUGAACCAAGAACAAUGAAUAACCUAUCCCUUUCCAUGAUGCAUCGCCAUCCUACAUACAGGACUGAUUCUACCUCAAUGUGAUGAUAAUGGUGAAAAGCCUCUGGACAUGUCCACUGUAAAGGGUGAAGAAAAGAACUUGUGCAAAAAAGAAAAAUAUGCAAGGAUAGAACAGAUGACGGUUACUCUUGGUCUUUCAGAUUAUCAGAGGACCCCUAUGCCUGGAGAAACCUUGCGAAAUUUUUAUAGAAGAACAAGGAUGUACUGGCAGAUGACAGCUCAUAAGCAUACUCAACAUACUGAAAAUGAGCUUGGGAAGGCUAGUUUUGAUCUUGCUAAGGCCCGAUAUAAGGAGGUCAAGCCCAUACUUGAUGAGCUGGCAAUACCUGAGGCAGAUCAAAAGGCUGAAGAAAAAGCUGGCACGGAAACAAGUUCUAGAAAGAAGGUUAAUCCGGCUGGAACAAGCUCUAGAAGAAAAGCUGGUGCGGAAAAAAGUUCUAGAAAGAAGGUCAAUCAGUUGGAAACAAAUUCUAGAAACAAAGCUGGCGCAGAAACGAGUUCUAGAAAAGAGGUCAAUUCGGCGGAAACAAGUUCUCAAAAAAAACGUUCGCGCAGAAAAAAGUUCCAGAAAAAAGAUCAAUCCGGCAUAAAUGAAGUUCUAGAAAAUGGGUUGAUAAGAAAAGCGUGCCAAAAUAUCCAGCAAAAGUAGUUUUAUUUUUUUUCUUUUUCUUUCCAAAAUCGAUUGCUCCAGCAAUACUUGUACAUUAGUUGAUGCCAUGGGCAAUUGUGUUGCGGUGUUGAUAACGAUAACAAAGAAAACCACUGUGAAAUGUAGUUCCUACUUAAGACAGCUCAAGCAGCUUCUGUUGUACAUUAUCAAAUGUUUAUUGUGUCUUCAUAUUUUGAUAUUUACAUACUAUUUAAGGGUAAA